CGGCACAUCUCCGGCGACCCAGAUAAGUUGGGUCUCCACUUAUGGAUCACACAUUUCAAACCCCAAAAAGGGCCAUCCCAACGACACAAAUGGAUGUGGAAAAGUAAUGAGAGAGAAAAGACACCUCGCUCACUUCUCCUCCACACAGACCGAAAAAAAAAAAGUGAAUUAUCCGAUCUCUCUUGCAUCUCCGACCACUAUCCUCUCAUUAUUAGCCCAAACUCUUCCUUCUUUAUACCCUUGAAAAAACCCAAGAAAAGAUGCUCAUAACCUUCUCAUCUUCACCACCAUCUUCGUCCUUUUCACUCAUCAGAUUCAUCAAUUCAAAAUCACCCAUUUCAGAGUUGGGUCUAAAACCCAGAACCCAUGUCUCAAAAUCUCUGUCUUCUUCCAUUUGUUAUUCGUUUUGCUCAUCAUCAAACCUCAGUUUUCAUUCCAAGAACCAUUUUUUCUGCGAGAAGAGUAGGUACCCUCAUGGGAAGAGAGGAAAUUUCAGGUCUUGGGCUAUGGCCGGGUUUGAUUUUGGGAGCUUGGAGAGUGCUCAGUCUGUUGUGGAGGCAGCUGCUGUGUUGACAGCCAUCAUUAUUGUUCAUGAAAGUGGUCAUUUUCUUGCUGCUUAUCUUCAGGGGAUUCAUGUAAGUAAAUUUGCAGUUGGGUUUGGUCCAAUUUUAGCUAAGUUUAACGCAAACAAUGUAGAGUAUUCCAUUAGAGCAUUUCCUCUUGGUGGAUUUGUGGGGUUUCCUGAUAAUGAUCCAGAGAGUGAUAUUCCGGUGGAUGAUGAAAAUUUACUUAAGAAUAGACCAAUCUUGGAUAGGGUUCUUGUCAUUUCAGCAGGCGUAAUUGCAAAUAUAAUAUUUGCCUAUGUGAUAAUCUUUGUUCAAGUAUUGUCUGUUGGAUUGCCUGUACAAGAGGCCUUUCCUGGGGUGCUUGUGCCUGAGGUUCGAGCCUUCUCGGCUGCUUCCCGAGAUGGAUUGCUUCCAGGCGAUAUAAUUCUUGCUGUUAAUGGUAUUGAAUUGCCAAAAUCAGGGUCUAGUUCAGUUUCUGAACUUGUUGAUGCCAUUAAGGGAAGUCCUAAAAGAAAUGUGUUGCUCAAGGUUGAGAGGGGAAAGAAGGAUUUUGACAUUGGGGUUACCCCUGAUGAGAAUUCAGAUGGAACAGGUAGAAUAGGAGUUCAGUUAUCUCCAAAUAUUAAAAUUUCAAAAGUUAGGCCAAAAAAUUUUCUUGAGGCUUAUAAUUUUGCUGGAAAGGAAUUCUGGGGUCUCUCUUCUAAUGUUUUGGAGAGCUUGAAACAGACUUUCCUCAACUUUUCACAAACUGCCAGUAAGGUCUCGGGUCCAGUUGCGAUUAUUGCUGUUGGUGCAGAAGUUGCAAGGUCAAACACUGAUGGGCUCUACCAAUUUGCAGCCAUCCUAAAUCUUAACCUCGCAGUAAUAAACCUUCUCCCAUUACCUGCUUUAGAUGGGGGGUCGUUGUUCUUGAUACUUCUAGAGGCAGCCAGGGGUGGGAGAAAGCUCCCUUUGGAAUUAGAGCAGCGGAUUAUGUCAUCAGGGAUCAUGCUUGUUAUACUUCUUGGUUUGUUCCUUAUUGUUCGAGAUACAUUAAACCUUGAUUUCAUCAAAGAGCUAUUAUGAUUUCUUGCAAUGUCUUGGAAGCUCGAAUAUGGGUUGGCUUGGAAAAGGUUUCACUCAAAGCUCUUGAAGAUCAGCUUGGUUUCCUGCAAUGCAUCAUGGGCGGGACCAGACUGAGUUGGAUUUGGAUGCUUGACAUGACUAGUUGCUUUGUACAAGACAUUAUGUGGGAGGUAGUUCACGGCUUCUUCUCCAAUUUGUUUCAUACCUUGUGGAUCAUCCUACUUAUAGUCUUGUCAAUCAUAAUACUAGCAUGGCUUAUUCAACUCCAAAUGUCUCAUUUCAACUCUUAUUACAAUCUACAAAUAUACAUGUAGCAAUCACUAUUCUGUUACAAUUGAUUCUUGGUAAUUAUUGGAAUUGAAUGUUAUGAGUUGAAAUUA